AUGGAGGGUUGUUCCGGUUGUGGAAAAUGUGACUGCAGUGGAGUAAAAGGGCAAAAGGGAGAAAGAGGCUUGCCAGGACUACAGGGUGUGAUUGGGUUUCCUGGAAUGCAAGGACCUGAAGGUCCCCCUGGGCCACCAGGGCUUAAGGGUGAUACUGGAGAACCAGGACUACCAGGAACAAAGGGAACAAGAGGCCCCCCAGGAGUAUCAGGCUUUCCAGGAAACCCAGGCCUUCCCGGCAUUCCUGGACAAGAUGGCCCUCCUGGUCCACCUGGCAUUCCAGGAUGUAAUGGCACAAAGGGUGAAAGAGGUCCAGUAGGUCCCCCAGGUUUACCCGGACUGACUGGGAGUAUAGGACCCCCAGGACCUCCUGGAAUGAAGGGAGACCCGGGUGAAGUGAUUGGUCUUUUACCCUCUGGUGUGCUAAAAGGUGAUAAAGGGUUUCCUGGCCAACCUGGACUACCUGGUCCACCUGGAACUUCGGGUUUUCAGGGACCAAUGGGGCCACAAGGUCCUCCAGGAGAGCCAGGUCCCCCAGGGCCACCAGGACUCCCAGGUGAGAAGGGCUACAUGGGCUUGGGCUUUCAGGGUCCCAAAGGUGAAAAGGGAGAACAAGGAGUAAGGGGCCCCCCAGGACCUCCAGGACCAGCACCACACAUGAAAGAAAAAGGGAGUGAAAUCAUAAGGGGAGAAAAGGGUGAUCCAGGUGAAAAGGGUGAACAGGGAAUCCCAGGAUUGCCAGGUUCAGGCUUCAAAGGAGAAAAGGGUGAACCCGGAAAGCCUGGUCCACGUGGAAAGCCUGGAAAAGAUGGUGAACCAGGACCAAAAGGAGAACCUGGUUUGCCUGGUGGGUUUGGGAUUCCAGGACGACCUGGGGAACCUGGUACAAAGGGUGACAAAGGGGAGCGAGGUUUUCCAGGACCUCCGGGAAGAAUGAUAGAUGCUGGACCAGUAGAUACCUUUGGUGAAAAAGGAGACCCUGGAGUUUCAGGCUUGCCUGGACUGAAAGGUCAAAAAGGUGAAAAAGGUUUCCCUGGUGCACAAGGAAUCCCAGGACCUCCAGGUCGACCACUUCCAGACAGGGUAGGAUCACCUGGUGUCCCUGGAGAGAGAGGUGAAAAAGGUGAAAAGGGUUCUCCCGGAUUCCCUUCACCUGGAACGCCUGGAAGAGAUGGUUUCCCAGGUCCCCCAGGGUUGCCUGGCCCACCAGGACCUCCAGGUGUAACAGAUGGAAUUGAUCAGUGCCAGCAGGGAGAACCAGGUGCACCAGGUAGUCCUGGACUCCCAGGAAGAGAUGGAUUUCCAGGAGAAAUGGGAGAGAAAGGUGACAAAGGUGAAGCCUGUACCUUGUGUGAUAAAGUGGGACCUCCUGGACUUCCAGGACCACAAGGGCCACCAGGUCCAGCAGGUUUUCCAGGUCAAUCUGGUUUCAAGGGAGAAAGAGGCUUACCUGGACUUGAUGGACUUCCAGGGGUACCUGGGCCACCCGGCACUCCAGGACUUAUGGGCAGCCCUGGGGCAAAAGGAGAACCUGGAGAUUUUACUUAUGAUACUAUCCUGAAAGGUGAAAAAGGAGAUCCUGGUUUCCCAGGACAACCAGGUAUUCCUGGAAGAGAAGGAAGACCAGGAAAAGAUGGAUUUCCAGGUCCACCGGGUCCAAAAGGAGCACCGGGUACAGCUGGCUUGAAAGGAGAACGUGGUCCCCCUGGCCAGCCUGGAUUCCCUGGAGUACGUGGUGAAAGAGGUUUUCCUGGCCCUCCUGGGAUAGGUGCUGCAGGGUUACCUGGUGACAAAGGAGACAGAGGCUUUGCUGGAACCCCAGGUUUACCAGGCCUUCCAGGAGCAAAGGGUGAAGCAGGACGAACUGUAUCACUCCCUGGACCUCCUGGGGCAGAUGGCCUUCCUGGGCCACCUGGUUUCCCUGGACCCCAAGGUGACAAAGGGAAUCCUGGGCUUCCAGGUAGACCCGGCCUACCAGGAGAAAAAGGUGCUGUUGGGCAGCCAGGUAUAGGAUUUCCUGGACCUCCAGGUCCCAAAGGUUUCCAAGGUCAGCCUGGCUCACCUGGUCUGCCGGGAACUCCAGGAACCCCUGGCCUGGAUGGUUUGCCAGGUGUUCCAGGUUUACAAGGUCAAAAGGGUGAACCUGGUAUAGGUCUCCCUGGCCCUAAGGGAUUGCCAGGGCCUCCUGGCCCAGCUGGCAUCCCUGGGGAAAAGGGAAGUCCAGGACUACCUGGCUUACGUGGCGAGCAAGGCUUUCCGGGAAUACCUGGACAGCAAGGAUUCAGAGGUGACCCCGGCCUCCCAGGUCUCCAAGGCUUGCAGGGACCUCCAGGAGCACCAGGGCUGGGCCCUCCAGGAUUGCCAGGACCUGCCGGGCAACCGGGACCCCAGGGACCACCAGGAUUUCCUGGAGUAAAAGGAGAAAGGGGCUUCCCUGGUAUCCCAGGUCUAGACAUGCCAGGACCAAAAGGGGACAAAGGUAGCCAGGGCCAACCAGGGGUACCAGGCUCUGUGGGGUUACCUGGCCUGCCAGGUCCACAAGGGGCUGUUGGACUGAAAGGAUCGGCAGGACCCAAAGGAGAAAUGGGAGUUAUGGGAACUCCUGGAUUGCCAGGAACUCCUGGACCAGUUGGAGAUCGAGGAUUACCUGGUGAAAAAGGUAGCCCAGGUUUCAAAGGUGUAGUCGGACCUCAGGGUGAUCCUGGUGUCAAAGGAGAUAAAGGUGAAGCUGGUCUCCCAGGAAAACCUGGAACGAUAGACAACAUGGACAUGGUUAGUCUCAAAGGCCAGAAGGGAGAACAAGGAGAAAAAGGGGACCAUGGAGCAACAGGAGAAAAAGGGCUACGUGGGGAUUAUGGAGAACCAGGAAUUCCAGGGAAGGAUGGUGAACCUGGUACUCCAGGACAACCAGGACCAAAAGGUGAUCAGGGCCCCCCAGGGUACCCAGGGGAUCCAGGAGUUCCAGGACAAAAAGGAUCGGUUGGUGAAAUGGGUUUGCCAGGAACACCUGGAGAAAAGGGUCUUCCUGGAGUACCAGGUUCACCAGGCACACCAGGGUUCCCCGGGCAAAAAGGUGAAAAAGGAGACAAGGGUGCACCAGGGUUUCCUGGGAUUGGAUUUCCGGGGUCUCCUGGUGAGAAGGGAGAACCAGGAAGAACGGGUAGUCCAGGUUUAUCUGGAGAUAAGGGUGAAAAGGGUAGUUCAGGAAUUCCUGGAAUGCCGGGUGCCCCAGGUCCCAAAGGAUCCCCUGGCAUGGCAGGAUUUCCAGGAAGUCCCGGCCGCCAUGGAGAAAAGGGUGAAAAAGGACUUCCUGGCUUAAGUGGCAUUCCAGGUUUAAAAGGAGAACCAGGUGAACCUGGUGCUCCGGGUCCUGCUGGUUCCAUUGGUCAGAAGGGUGAACCAGGUUAUGAUGGAAUUCCAGGUGCAGCUGGUGCAAAGGGUGAACAAGGUCUUCCAGGUAGAGGACUUCCCGGAUUUCCUGGUGCAAAGGGAGAUAAAGGUGCAAAAGGUGAAGUGGGUUUUCCAGGAUCCCCAGGAAGUCCGGGGAUUCCAGGACUGAAAGGAGAACCAGGAUAUGUAGGUCCACCAGGCCCUAAGGGCAGCCAAGGUCUCCCUGGACUACCAGGAAGUGCAAUUGAGGGCCCUAAAGGAGACAGAGGACCCCAAGGCCAACCAGGUCUUCCAGGUUUACCAGGUCCAUCAGGGCCACCUGGACCUCCAGGUCAGAAAGGGGCCAAAGGAGAGCAGGGAAGCAAUGGCUGGCCAGGGACUCCUGGGGGGCCAGGAAUCAAAGGUGAUCCAGGUUUCCAGGGACUGCCAGGUAGUCCUGGUUUACCAGGAGAUAUUGGUCCAAAGGGUGAUCUUGGACCUCCAGGAGUUCCAGGUGUUCCAGGUCCAAAAGGAUCUCCUGGCUUCCCAGGCCUUAAGGGUGAGAGAGGUGACCAAGGUCUUCCUGGAUCUAAAGGUUUACAAGGCCCACCAGGCCCACCUGGUCCUUUUCAGCUUGUUAAAGGGGAUCCUGGUUUGCCUGGCCCUGUAGGACCAGUUGGUCUCAAAGGAUUCCCAGGACUUCCAGGUCCCAAAGGACAGCAAGGAGUGACAGGACCUUCAGGUGUACCUGGACCACCUGGUAGUCCAGGGUUUGAUGGUCAGCCUGGGCAAAAAGGAGAAAUUGGUCCUUACGGUCCCCCAGGGCCCAGAGGAUUUCCUGGUCCACCAGGCCCCGAUGGCUUGCCUGGGGCUAUGGGCCCACCAGGUGCACCAUCUGUUGCUCAUGGUUUCCUUGUUACCAGACACAGUCAAACCACUGAAGAACCAUCAUGUCCAUUUGGAACAAGGCUGAUUUAUCAUGGCUACUCCUUGCUUUAUGUGCAAGGCAAUGAAAGAGCACAUGGCCAAGAUCUGGGCACAGCAGGAAGCUGUCUUCGUAAAUUCAGUACCAUGCCUUUCUUAUUCUGCAAUAUCAACAACGUUUGUAAUUUUGCAUCAAGAAAUGACUAUUCCUACUGGCUGUCCACUCCUGAACCCAUGCCAAUGAAUAUGGCUCCUAUCACUGGUGAUAAUAUCAGACCAUUCAUCAGCAGAUGCUCUGUGUGUGAAGCUCCUGCCAUGGUAAUAGCCGUCCACAGUCAAACAAUUCAAAUACCACCGUGUCCUGAAGGCUGGAGUUCACUUUGGAUUGGUUACUCCUUUGUCAUGCACACCAGUGCUGGUGCAGAGGGCUCUGGCCAGGCCCUGGCGUCUCCUGGUUCCUGCCUAGAGGAGUUCCGAAGUGCUCCCUUCAUUGAAUGCCACGGCCGGGGCACCUGCAAUUAUUAUGCAAAUGCUUACAGCUUCUGGCUUGCCACUAUAGAGAGGAAUGAGAUGUUCAAGAAACCGACUCCCUCAACUUUGAAAGCAGGAGAUCUACGCUCAAACGUUAGCCGUUGUCAAGUCUGUAUGAGAAAAACAUAAUGACUUUUGAAUUUCAACUAAUUUCACACAAUAUGGUGCUAUUCGUUUAACAGCAAUGAAGCCUAGACAUAUAUCAUAUGUACCUCAUUGUUGUCCAAUAUGAAAACAGUAAAGUGCCUUUUAGGAACUUGCAUAACUAACACACACUGCUUUACUGGCCCUGUCCUUGCUAAAGAAGAAAAGAGACAACAAAGAUAAGCUUCAAAUGUUGACAUGCCAAAUGGCACUUUUGAUCAAAGUAUAUGUAUUUUUUAUAUAAAUGCAAUGCACUGAUAGAAUAAAAAGUCAGCAUUUAUCCAGAAAAAAAUGCAAAGGUGCUAGGAGGUAUGCAGUUCUGCCUUAUACUGUUUGACCCCCCUUUCUCAUUCUUGUAUUAUAUAUUUAGAUUCAUUUUUCUUCCCCAGAUAAGUUUGUUGUUACCGUUAUUUAGGUGUCUUAAAAUUCCAAACUCUCGGGUAUGUACUUAUUGUUCCUGUACAAAGCAAUACUAAUGUAAAAAAGAGGUUUGGGAUUACAGACUGUGGUUAAGUAGCACGUAACCAUCUUUUCACAACAUAGAGUGCCAUCCUGCAAACCUUUGCUUCUGUUUGUAGUCUUUAGUGCUGUCAGUUUUAAUGGGACUACAUCUGGAAGAGAUUGCCAAAUUGGCUUCCCAGAUAGGCAAGUGUUUCUGCUAUGUUGGUACUAUGCAGCUUCUUUAUGCAGUAGAACAAACUUUCCUGUGGAAUAAAGAAUGAUACAGCAAUGGUCAAGAAAAAAUUAUAUAUAAAUAUUUUAGUAAUUUAUAUAGAUACGAACCAUUAGGCAAAUCAAGCUCUGAGUUUAUAAUUUCAAAAAAAAGCUUACAAAAGUUUUCUUCUUUUUAGUAUCAUGAAUUAGGUGUUAAAUGCCAAAAUAUGAUGUGAAAUGUUCAUUUUACAUAGGCCAUUUCAAUGCUGAAGUUGCAGAGACUGAACCCAGGUUAAUAGCUAUUUGUGUUUAUUAUAGUAAAUCCUGCUUUGAGCUUAUAGUCUUUAUUCUGUAUUUAAUAUUUUUCAGGGUUUUAAACACUACUCACACACUGAAUGACUUGAUUUUGAAAAGUAUAAGGCCUUAAUUUUGUUAAUACUGUGCCAAAAAAAUUCUUCAAAGUGGCCUCAGAAAUAUUUCUAAAGAAUUUCUAUGCAAAGAUACCAUUGUUUGAGCACGUUUGUGUCCAAAGAUGUUUUAUAGACUAUUACCAUGCGAAUACCAAAAAAUUUUUACAAAUGCCAAGGCCUUUGUGUAAUUUCUUACAUGUGUAUUUCUUAAGAAAACAAGUUUGUAAUAAAACUAUUUGUGUAAAAAAAAAGAAGAAAAGAAGACGUUUUUACUAAUUUGUUAUUAUCAUUAAUUUACAACAAUGAAUUAAUUUUUAAUAAGCCACAAAUAAAUGCACAAGCUUGAUGCAAUCCUAGAUGAUUUUUGUUUUGCACAUCUUUCAGAUGUACAAAGCAUCUUCUAAAGGGGGAAACAGGACACCGUACUGACAUCUCUAUUGUUACCUUGUAAGAACAUAUACUGUUGGAUGAACCAUGAGUUAUGCAUCUAUUACUGAAAUAUGUUUGAUGUGAAGAUGUUACAAAAAAUCUGCUAACUUCAUCUUAGCUGAUGGGUGUUAAUCAAGUUAUACAUGUUUUUCACUCUUCCCUUGAAUUUUUCAUGCACAAAUCAGAAAUUAUUUAUACAGGAUAAAAAUUAAAAUAUCUCAUAUAAUUUUUCUUGUAAGUGGGCAAUGUAAAUCUUGGCUCUAGUUGAAGAGGAAGUGGGCCAUGCUGUCAUCUUCCUUGGCAAAACAAUACAAUUUGUUAAUAUUUUGUGUUGUUUUCCAAAAUUUGCGAAGAGACUGCAGCUGCUGCUGCUGUUCUGAACUCGCUUUCACUUAAAAUCCUUAAAGACAUUCUCUGACCAAAUGGCUGAAGGCCUUUGUAUAGAAAUUGGCCAUUUUCCUUUAGCAAUAAUUCUUAACUCUCAUGGAAGUUUUAGCAGUUGAUCAUUUUAUUUAUGAAUGACCAUUCCUUAUAAAAGUCCCUUACCAGCCUAUAAAAUACAAGAAUCUGAUUAUGUCUGAUCAUCCAAAGUGCCACUUAAUAUUCAGAAGAAGAGAAGACUGUAAGGUGAUUCCUUGUGGCAUCUAGGAAAAAUUAAGCAGACAUUCUGUCUUUGCUAACUCAGAGGAUCCAAACUGCUACUCUGACUUUGUAAUCACACUCUAGAGCUUAUCUCUUGGUCAGCUAGGGAUUUAAUUUGCUAUGGUCAAAUUGUCUCAGAACUGCCAGACAGCUGAGUUUAUGAAGUCCUUCAUGCAUGUUUAAAUAAGAUCUGUGCAUAAGAAUACAAUUCGUGUUGCUAAUGAAGGGACUACUGUACUGUAGCUGGGUGUGUAUGAAUCCUCGUCUUCUCAACUGGGAAAAUUUGGAAACCAGGUCCUUUCAAAAUUUUCAAAAACUGGUUGAACUGUAGUUUGAUGUCUUGCAGUAGUAAUUAGUUAUUCCAUAACUUCCAGCUCAUAAAAUGACCUAAACCAUUGUCAUGAUAAAGAUGCUAUUUCUACCGAUCAGAUCUUCUGAAAAAGUGUGACUGCUAAAUUUUGAUGCCCUGGAUGAGGAAGAGCCCAUGUACUACAGCAGAAGAGAAGUGUGAAAUACUUCCUUUCUUUUGAAAAUCUCUGAGUAUUCCCAUAUUCAGUCAUCUCUGACCAGCGUUGUGGCUACAAUACAGUUCAUUGUGUGAACAGGCAACUGAAAACACAUUAAAUCGUCUUGCAUAAGCUUCAUUUCAGGAGGAAGCUUUCCUAAAGAAGUACAGCUUACUUAGUUUUUGAGUGCAGUACUUGAAGAGUUACUGUCAUGACCCAAAUAAAUAAAUUUCUGAAACAGCA